CAGGGGGCGCCCAUUGUCGUUUCCUAUUUCGACAUCAUCUGAUUAGAUUCCGGACUUUGUCUCGUCGGGUCCACUCGAACAGGAGACGGUCCUCGGACAUUGCUCUGCUGCAGACAUGUUCCUGUAUCUUCUGGGCCUGGCCGUGCUCUUCUACCUGUUCCGCUGGAUCAGAGAGCUCCCCAGGGUUGGUGACAAGGCCAACAAGUAUGUGUACAUCACGGGCUGCGACACCGGCUUUGGGAACCUUCUGGCUCGCCAUCUGGACAAGAUAGGCUUCCGAGUGAUUGCCGGGUGUUACACUGAGAAGGGAGAGGAGGAGCUGAAGAAGGCCUGCUCCAGCAACCUGAUCGCAACACACCUGGAUGUUGCGUCAAAGGAGAGCUUGGCUAAAGUUGCAGCCAUGAUUAAGGAGAAAGUUGGAGUGCAUGGUCUCUGGGCUUUGGUAAACAACGCAGGCAUUGCUGUUCCCUCCGGCCCCUGCGACUGGCAUACCCUUGACGAUUACAAAUCAAUGCUGGACGUGAACCUGAACGGGGUGAUCGGAGCCACACUGAGCGUCCUGCCUCUGAUAAAGAAGGCCAGGGGCCGAGUGGUGAAUGUCGCAAGUGUGUUUGGGAGGAUCUGUGUCACAGGGGGCCCAUACCCUGUCUCAAAGUUCGCCGUCGAGGCGUUCAACGACAGCCUCCGGUUCAACAUGGCUCCUUUUGGUGUCAAAGUCCUCUGUAUUGAGCCGGGAUUCUUCAAGACCAGCGUCACAGACAGUGAACUCCACAUCAGGAACGUCCAAACGCUGUGGGACAGACUGCCGCAGGACGUCAAAGAUGACUACGGGGCGGAAUACGUCCAAAAAUCCAAAGACAUGAUAAAAGAAAAAGUUACCCAAAUGAGUGACGGCGAUCUGAUGAAGGUGGUCAGCUGCAUGGAGCACGCCGUCUCCGCCACCUGGCCGCGCAAACGUUACUCCCCCGGCUGGGACGCCAAGUUUUUCUGGCUGCCAAUGUCAUACAUGCCAACCUGUUUUGUUGAUUACUUCUUCCUGAAGAAUGCCAUUCCCAUUGCCAAGAAGUUACAGUAACCCUCCAUCUAUGCGUCCACUUCAUGCAUGUACCACUCUGUACAUCUUAGCUGACAAUGCACAUUUCGAUUUUAGCAGUCGGUUUAGUCUUGAAUUGUUCACUCUAAUGACAAGGUUGAGCUGCUCUCACAAGGACACUGUCAAGGCCACCUUAUCUGUUGCUUAAAGUAAACUUUCUGCAAUCAUGAUUGUCAGGUGUUAAAGGUUAAGGAAAAGCAAUAAAAACCCCAACCUGCUUUCAAUUUGGUUACAAAAUUAGGCUAGUUUGUGCACAUAGAAAUCAAGCCGACCUUUAGAUAAUCCAGUGUUUGGCUCAAUAUAAGCCCCAAUCACCAUCCCUCCACCACCGUGCUCGACAAGUUGGGAUGGAUUUUUUAUUUUUUCCUCUAUGGCAAAACAUUUGUUUGGAAGUAGUGUUCAAAUACAAGUUUGCAAAACUA